CUUGUUUCCACACAAGUUUACUAGCGGAAUGCAGUGAGUAAUUCACCUUGCUGGUUGCGUGGUUGUAUUUUUCAGGCGGCCUGGUAAAAUAAAGAUGCAUUCCCUUCCUGCUACAUUGUUAGCAUUCUUGAGCAUAUUUUCUCUAGUGUUUGGAGGUAAAGUGUUGGUGUUUCCUCUGGAUGGAAGUCACUGGGUGAACAUGAAGGUCCUGAUUGAGGAGUUACAUACAAGAGGACACAACGUGACAGUGCUUAGAGCCUCAAACAGCUGGUAUAUCAAAGAGGAGUCUCCUUUCUACACCUCCAUCACUGUUUAUAAUAAAGGUGGCAUUGAAAAAGAGCUGUUUGAGGAAUUUUCAAGAAAUAUUCUGGUCAUCAGGAGACAGAAACGGUCCUUUUGGACAAACCUCAAACUAGUUUCAGAGGUUGGAGCGGUAUUUGAAGAGAUGCAUCGCAAUCAGCUUCACUUAAUGGGGAGCAUAUUUGAAAAUAAAGACUUGAUAGAUUCACUUCAGACAGCAAAGUAUGAUUUACUUCUGACAGAUCCAGCUGUCGGUGGUGGAUUUUUCUUGGCCCACCGUCUUGGACUUCCUCUUGUGUUAAAUGUCCGCUGGACGAUGAAUGGAGAGGCACAUUUUGAAAUAGCACCUUCACCUCUUUCAUAUAUUCCUGUUCCAGGAUUAGAGCUGACCGAUAAGAUGACCUUUGGUCAACGUUUGCAGAACAUUUUGGUAUACAUGUUUUUAAAAUUCCAGAAAGCAAGGACCGUCUCCAAACACUACCAAUCCUUCUGCGAAAAAUACUUUGGAUCAGAAAUCAAUUACAAAGCUAUCCUUCAGGAUGCAGACAUCUGGCUUAUGAGAAACGAUUUCACGUUUGAGUUUCCACGACCCACAAUGCCAAAUAUUGUGUAUAUGGGAGGCUUCCAGUGCAAACCAUCCAAGCCACUUCCAGAUGUUCUUGAAGAGUUUGUGAAGAGUUCUGGAGAUCAUGGACUCAUUGUUAUGUCCCUCGGGACUCUUUUUACCCAUCUUCCAGAAGAUAUAACAGAGGAAAUUGCUGCAGCUUUUGCAGGACUGCCCCAAAAAAUCAUUUGGAGACAUGCCGGACCUCGACCUGUCAAUAUUGGUGAUAAUACAUUACUUGUCGAUUGGUUACCUCAGAAUGACCUGCUUGGACAUGCUAAAACUAAAGUGUUUAUAACACAUGGAGGCACCAAUGGAAUCCAAGAAGCUAUUUAUCAUGGAGUUCCCAUUUUGGGUCUCCCUAUAGUGUUCGAUCAACCUGACAACUUGUCUAGAAUGAAAGUUAGAGGCACAGCAAAUCUUGUGGAUAUUGCGGAGUUAAACAGGACAAUGUUUCUGGAGGCGUUAAAGGAAGUGUUGUACAACCCAUCUUACAAGGAAAACAUUCAGAGACUGUCCAAGCUGCACCAUGACCAGCCAAUGAAACCUCUCGAUCGUGCCAUGUUCUGGAUUGAGUUUGUCAUGAGGAAUAAAGGAGCUUCCCAUUUACGGACGCAGUCUUUCAGAAUGUCCUGGAUUGAGUACAACUCUAUAGAUGUUAUUUUGACUCUGCUGAUGAUAUUGGUGUUGUUUUGUGUCAUAAUUUACUCUAUCGUAAAAUACACGUGUAUUAAAGUAGUGUUUAAAAAGAAAGUAAAAACUCAGUGAUUGAAUAUUUGGCUGAAAUCUGAGGGAAUAAAGGGUUAGUUCACCCAAAAUAAUUAAGCUCUCUCAUCCUACAUUGACAGCAAUGGUCAUGAGACAUUCAAAGUCCAAAAGGAACCAAAAACAUUGUCAAAACAUUCCAUGCAUUCUCUACAAUGACUUAAAAAUGACUGUUCGCCUAUCAUCUCAGAUCAGGGUGCACAUUUACCAUAGUUGAAAAUUAUGCUUGUGUAUUGCACUGUUGACUCUAAUGUAAAUGAGUGGAAGAGAAGACAGAAAAACUAUGUCAUUUUUACAGAUUGAUGGCACAUAAGUGUUCUUGGAGCUUCAUAUCAUUGCAGUUGAACCACUGAAGUCACAUGGACUGUUUUGAUGGCUCCUUUUAUUGACUUUGAACAUCUCAUAUAUUUUCUAAGAAAUUUUUACUAUUGUAGACAUGCUCAGUAUGAUCUCAAAAGCUAUUCAAUUUUAAAGUGUUUUUGUUUUUGGUUGUUAACACUAUUUUGCAAUGUCUUUUUGAAGAUUUAAAUGAAUAUUUUGCUCAAAUCUCAGGAAUUAUUAUUAUUAUUAUUUUUUAAUUCAGAAUUUCAAUGUUUUGUGGGAAGUUGAUCAUAAAUACUAAUAAAGUUUUUAAUAAAAAUAAUUCAGUUUUAGGAGGUUUACACACAGAUUUACACUGUCUUUGUCACACAUUUCAGCUACUUACUGUAUUAAUAACAGGGAAUAAUUACAUCCAAUAAUUCCAAGCUAUAACUUACAAGUGCAUAAUUAAUUAAUAUUAUUAAUUGUUAAUUAAUAUUGAUCAGUACUUAAAUGUACACACUGGGACAUUUUGUGGGAUGUUUUAGAAAGUGUAAUAAAUUGUUUUCUGUUUUA